AUGGAUGCCGUAUCAAGCCCCAGCUUGGCUAACAAAUUGCGUCGCUGGCUUUCAAGGUCCGGGUCGUCUCACAGUUACGGGCCGAUUCCAAGGGAGAUCAAGACACCUCCAGUUCCAUCACGAUUCCUGGGGCUACCGAGAGAAGUGAGGAACUUGAUCUACAGAGAAUUGCUUCUGAAUACACAUCCCCUCAUAGUGCAUCUACGAAGGGUGCACAGGUUCGAGGCCAGUACAAGACCGUACCCUGCAAUUCUCCGAACGAACAAACAGAUACACGACGAAGCCGCAGCCGUGCUAUACGGAGAAAACACCUGGUUCAGCGCUGCUCCUGCUAAGUUCUUCUACUGGGCAAACGAACUUUACGAACCGGAAUCCUCUAUCUAUGUUAUUGAAUCAGGCCCUAUCAAUAUGUACCUGCCUUGGAUAAAGCGGUUCGUGCUGUUUCCAGAGGGGCCUCCCGACUGGAUUCGCGAUAAGAUUAUAAAGGCAAGCGAAGUGGAUCUGAUGUUAAGACGAAUGGGCAUCCAGCGACACAAUCUGAAGAAGCUAAUUGUUGGCGUCUCGAGUCAAGAGAUGAGUGCAGAAAUCGCAAACGCCAAUCUUGAUUGGCUAAUGAAGACAGACGAGACAGAGAUGCAAAGAAGAUUCAGCUGGUUUACACAAAGAGGAACCCAGUCAGCGUUCUGGUUAGUGUCCGUUUGA